UAACACCAUCGUAGGCGUGGCUGGUUGACCCACAAAGCAUUGCGAAAAGUUGGAGUUAUAUUAAUAUUAUAGUUGCUUGUGUGGUUGUGAGUGUAAUUGGUAUAUGAAAAGGUACAGUAUCCCUGAAAGUGUAAAGUUACUUCAAGAAUAUCCUUACACCACAGAAACCAACUGUAACUUCAAGAGGCCUGACUAAAUGAGCUGGAAUUGCAUUCAGGCAAGAACCAUGAUUUUGAAUAGUAGAACAAAACACUUGCUGCACUGUUUUCUUUGUUUUGCUGUAAUCAUAACUUUUGAAAUAUUUACUGGUGGAAUUCACCUGUGGACAUUCGAAUUUGAUAACAUUGAUCCCAUACAGAAAUAUGGAUACAUAGGAUCGUCUAUCUUGUAUCUUCUUCGUAUUUUGACCUUAUUAGCAUUACCACAGUGUGUUUUUAAUUUUUUGGGACUUGUAGUGUAUAACGCCUUUCCUGAUAAAGUGCAGCUAAAAGGAUCGCCAUUGCUAGCACCUUUCAUUUGUGUAAGAACAGUAACUCGAGGGGAUUACCCAGAACUGGUUAAGACUAAUGUGACUAGAAACAUGAAUAUUUGUUUUGAUAUUGGCAUGGAAAAUUUUAUGAUAGAAGUGGUCAGUGACAAGCCUGUUAACUUACCAAAGCAUCCCCGCAUCCGAGAACUGGUAGUGCCCUCUACCUACAGGUCCAAGAGUGGAGCGCUGUACAAAGCUCGAGCUCUCCAGUACUGCUUAGAAGAUGAUGUUAACAUUCUCAGUGAUACUGAUUGGAUUGUUCAUUUAGACGAGGAAACACUGCUGACAGAAAACUCAUUGAGAGGAAUUAUGAACUUUGUCUUUGAUGGCACCCACAAGUUUGGCCAAGGCCUAAUAACUUACGCCAAUGAGAACGUUGUUAAUUGGGUGACGACUUUAGCCGAUUGUUUCCGAGUAGCUGAUGACAUGGGAAAGUUGAGAUUCCAGUUACAAACUUACCAUCGUCCUCUUUUUGGGUGGAAGGGGUCUUACGUGGUCACUCAAGCUGGAGCUGAACGAAAGGUAUCUUUUGAUAAUGGUCUUGAUGGAUCUGUAGCUGAAGACUGCUUUUUUGCCAUGAUGGCAUACAAGGAAGGUUAUACAUUUGAUUUUAUCCAGGGUGAGAUGUGGGAGAAAAGUCCUUUCAGCUUUUGGGACUUCUUGCAGCAGAGGAAGCGUUGGAUGCAAGGUAUCUUUCUAGUCGUGCACAGUCCGGCCAUUCCAUUCCGCAACAAGAUCUUCUUGUCAUUGUCUCUGUAUUCUUGGAUUACUGUCCCACUGAGUACAUCCAAUUUGGUCUUGGCAGGCCUUUAUCCUAUACCUUGCUGGCAAGUACUAAACGUGAUUUGUGCCUUUGUUGGUGCCAUGAACAUUUACAUGUAUAUCUUUGGUGUGAUCAAAUCAUUCAGCCUCUAUCGCUUGGGGUUCUUUAAAUUUGUGUUCUUUGUGGUGGGAGCAUUAUGCACCAUUCCUUUCAAUAUUAUAAUUGAAAAUAUAGCCGUGAUCUGGGGAUUUUUUGGCAAUAAGUAUCGAUUUUAUGUCGUCAACAAGGAGAUUAAGCCUCCAGUCACAGUCUAGAUUGUUGUAUGAAAAAUAAUGUAGACUGUAAACUAAGUUAAAAGUUGCAUGUAGUUAUGUGAAUCCGUGUUUGUUUUAAACAGUUUGUAUAUCAUACCUCAAGAAGAUCGGUCAUGGUUCUCAAACACAUCGCCAUUUCCUGCCACUACUCAACACGUGCAUAUUCAUGUUUUACAGCUUGUUGGAAGGAUAAACUAAAGUUGUAUCUUAAGUUUGAGAAGUAAAGCAGGGAUUGUUUUUAUGAUACCUAUAAACAAGAGGAGUAUUCAUAUAUAUAUAGUUUCUUACAUAAAGACAUGCUAGUUUCAGGCCUUCAUGGAACUACAAGUGGUCUGAAUCCAGCUAGUAAUAAAAUUAUGUUUUUGAGUAUUUCUUUCAAAGUUUUGUGAAUCAAAUUAAUUAUAUAACCGGGUGUUGUGUAAACUGCUACCUGCUUGAAGUACUUUUCCCCUGUCAGUGGAAAUGUGAAGUAAGUUCUUGCUCAGUGUAUUUAUAUGUAACACCUUGUCGAAUCGUCUUCUAUCAUUUUUUGUUUCUGUGAUUAAAGUACAACCGGUAGAUCGAUCUCUAAUCAUGAUAACAAGAGUUUGUGUUUUUUGGACAAUCUAUUGGCUCUGUGUGCAUAUAUUUUUGUCUCCAUUGCAUGCAGUGUAUUUGUAUAGUAUUUUUUGGUGUAUGUUGAAAUAUACAAUUAUUUUCUGCUGUUCAUUUAGUUGAAAGACAUUGAUUCAGACUCACUGAUUUGGUUACUCGUCUCGGAGCUGUGAUUUUUGUGAAAUAAGCAAAAAUUAUAAUUUUAAAAAUUGCCCAUCUUGACGUACUUAUAACUAUUAACCCCACCAUGAUCAGCACAUGUAAAUUUGUGAUACCAAAAAAAUAUCUACUACUCCCUAUUGUCCUUAACAUAGGUUUGUUUUCAAUGCAAGUUACUUCUGAUUUUUUGGUAGUAUUCUAAGCAUGUUUUGAAAUAGUUUAGUCAUUAUUGUCAAUAAUAAAAUAUUUUAAAUGUAAUAGCCUAUAGCACAAUGGUAGCAGUAGCACUGUGUCAUUUCAUUGUACUUAUUAGGUGUUCUCAACAUCAAUUUGUCAAAGGAAUUGUUAUAGAUGUACCAGUUAUUACGUUAUCAGUCAUUUCUUUGUGUUGUGUCGUGGACUGAUUCUGAUAAUAUAUGCAAAUUAAAGCUCAAAAAAGAAAAAAAUCUGAUGUAUACACUGACCUCAAGCUAACCUUAACUAUUAAUAUUACGCUGUUUCAGAAAUUAAUAAACACUAAUGCCAAUUUAAUAACUUUGAAUGGCACUACUAGUGCUAUAUGAUUGAUUAAAAUAGAUUCUAGGACUAAUACUACAUCAAAAACACAUUUAAACAGCAAAGAAUCCCUUGUAUACAGCUUAUUGGUGAAAAUAAACUAUUUUUUGCCUGA